AUGUCAAUGUUCCUCUCCGAGCGAAUGGUCUGCAAUUACGCCAGACUUCUGACAUCACCCGUAGAGGAAACCAAACUAUUCGCGAUGGAACAUCUUCUCGAUGCGCAGGUCACUUUGGACCUCCUUGAAAAAUACAAUAUCCGAAUGCUCAUUGAGCAGCAGUACGAUAUCAGGCACGAAAUAGCUCGAAAACUUUUGAAGAAAAUUGGGGAUCUUGAGGAGGAGUGGGAGCACGGGACAGGAUACUGGACUAUAACUCCAUCGGCAAUCAGAAGACGUAGAAGCCGACCGACCGGGAAGUUCGUAGACGGAGUCGAGAUUAUGNAGGGCNCAAUCCGCGAUCUUCGGAAGCAGCUCAACUUGGUCAGCAAACAGGGCAAUUGA